AUGAAGGAAGGAAGAUUUGAAGCCUAUGAUGAGUUUUUGGAUAAUUACCAUGAUUACGAAGUUUAUUUACAAGAUGAAUGCCCCAAUCCAUAGUUUAAUCUUACAAAGGAAAAUUUAAUAUAAAGACAGAUGGGACAUUGUACAACUGAGGGUACUUAGAGAUAUUUUCAAAGAAAUCAAGAAUAAAUCCACCCAGAUAAUUUCACAUCAAUAUAGCUUGGAAGGAAUUAGCUGACAUUAUCCAAGAUGAUGAUGGGUACUGCUAUAGGUUAGCCAGAUAAACUCUCAGAUGUAAGUUAGUACUUUUGCAAUAAACUGGCCUUAAUAAGCGGAGGAAUGAAUUAAAUUGAUACUGCAACAUUCUUUAGAUCUCAAAAAGCAGAGAGAAUUGUAGGAGCAGUGUUAAACACACUAGUUCAGAAGUAUAGAUUUUAGAGGGAUGAAUUUUUUAUCAAUUCUAAACAAGGAGUGCUUAUUGCUGAUUUAUAUGAAAAUGAACCUUAGGAACUUUUGAUUUAAGAUAUUUUAACUAGUGGAAAUGUUUAGAAAGAAGAUAUUAUUGGAGACAUUUACAGUAUUCACCCACAUGUGUUGUAAAUGCAGUUGGAAAAUACGCUUGAGAGACUAAAUAUAGAGACUUUGGAUGUUGCAUUGCUAUUUAAUCCACAUGAAUUAGCAUAGCCAUUCCUUACUAAAAAGCAGUACCAAAAUUAAUUGCUAAGGGCUUUUGAUUUCUAUGAGAAAUAGAUCCAGCAAGGAAGGAUCAGGUACUACGGAUUAAGUGGAGAAGAUAGUUUAAUGUUUAAUGUGUAAAGAGCUACAAAUAAAGCGAUGAAGUUAGGAACUACAGUAGACAAGAUCCAAUAGAAUAUUUAUGAUGUAGUUAAUUUAGUUGAAAAGAGCUUUGGGCAGAAGCAUCAUUUUAAAUUUCUAUAGGCUCCUAUGAGUGUAACAUAGUAGGCUGUUCUUCAGCUAAAGAUUCAUAAAUCAUAAGAUAAUCUUGAUAAAACACUUUUAGAUGCUUGUGAUGAUUUAGGAAUCAAUUUAAUGGGAUAUGGAUUACUAAAGUAUUCCUAAAAGAACAUCAUAUUAGAGAAAUAAAUUAGGGUUAAUGAUAAAUUAGGCAGAAAUUUCCAAUUGUUUAAAUCACUCAACAAACCUUCGCUUGUUUCCUUUGCUAUUGGAAUGGAUACUUUAGCUGCUGUUAGAUCUGCUUAUGAAAUCAUGAGUCUUCCGAAUACAAAAGAUGAUAUUGUUGAGUAAUAUUUCAAUCCAAACUAUAAAAAAAUGUAAGAGGAAUUUGGUGAAGAAUGA